CGGAUUCGUCAAUAUGUGUCACCUGAUAUUCUGGUCAGCUGACUGUGUUUGGUAAAGUUCAUCAACAAAACUAAAGUCUAGAUUUAUUAAAGUUUAUAGGAAAGCGCUGGGCUGCUGCCACACAAUUGAGGCUUGGCCUUGGCAAAUUCACCUUGGCCCUUCAACCAGGCAAAAAAGCGAUGUUGAUAUUUACUUGGAUGGCAAUUGCUUUCAUUUGGGAUCUUUUGGGAAUUCCCAGGGUUCGUUGGGAGUGGUCUCUGUACAUGGUCAGGAGCUAGAGCUUUGACUUGAAUUUGAGAUUCUAUGACGAGGUGUUGAUCUGUCAAAACCAAGAAUGGGUAGUGUUUUUGGUGUGAAACUAGAAAGUACAGAAGAGAAGGAAAUAAUGGCAACGGAAGACCAAGUCAUCAUGGAACCGUCCCUGGACUUUCCUUUCCUGAAUGAUACCAAGACAGUUGAGUACGUGGGAGAGUCGAAGACACUGCUCUUACUUCGUGGCCCACCAGGGAGUGGUAAAUCGUCCCUGGCUACAGCGAUCUCCGAGAAGUAUCCUUUGAAAGUCGCCAUCUGCUCUGCUGAGGAACACAUUCCUCAAGGCGAAAAGCCUCCUUUCUCUAGGGAGAUGCUCAAGAAGGCCCACACUGACUGCCAGCAGUGUGUCAAGGACGCCUGCAAGGAAGCCUAUCCCAUUGUCAUUGUGGACAACACAAAUGCCUCACUCUUGUCAGUGAAAAAUUACAGUGGCAUUGGACACGAGUUCGACUAUGUGGACGUUCUCGUAGUGCCCCAGACAAGUUGGAUUCUUGAUGCUCAAGAGUUGGUCAAGAGGUCGUCCAGAGGUUUCCCUCUUGAGGAUAUCCAGAGGAAACUUGAGAAGUUCCAGGAACCAAUAUACCCUCUCUUUUAUGGCUGGUUUGUCAACAAAACCGAUUCAGAGACUAUGAGGGGUACUGGGGAAACAUUUUAUGAGAGGUGUCUAAGCAAGAGGGAGUUCAGAGAAGAGUUUACAAAGCAUCUGCUACCAGAUGCUAGUGGCAAAACACCAGAUCCAGAGAAUUACUUCUCAACUGAGAACUACACCGUUGGUCCUGUGAUGCUUCACUGCACAGCCUUCUACAGCAACUACGGCGAGGUCAGCCAAUCAGAGGCCUACGCUACCCAAGAACGGGUCAAAGCCGACAACGGCAAAGCGUUCACCAUCAAGGUCAUCGGUCUUCUGGUGACCCCACGAUCCCUAGGUCUGCGACUAAAACUUGACGAUGAAGAGCUCCUCCUGUGGCCACAGGAUGAGGUUAACGAGGUUGCCGAGGGCGGAGCAGAGGAAACAUGUGAUCUGGCUGCGGGGGAGAAGUCCGGGCCGUGUGACGAUGAGUGCAUCAUAACCCAUCUGUCUCCAACCUGUGGGACAGGGAGCCGCGCCCACUUCAGUUUGGGUAGCGGUCCCGGUGUGGAAGCUGUCCAGACCGGUCUAGACCUGGAAGAGAUCAUCAAGAUGGAACAAGAAGCGGUUCGGAUGAAGAGGAGCCACAUUGUAAUAGCAUUAGAGGAUGCCACAGCCGUCGGGUAUGGGGAGGGAAACUGGAUGGUGUACUUUGAUCAAGCUUGUUCAACUGAAGCUCUUUUUGCAGGAUAUUUCUAAAUAUGUAAUCAUUGUUAAUCGUGACAAACACAAUUCUUCAUUUCAAAACAUUUUCAAUACAUGUAUAUGUACAGUGAUUAUUUGUAGGUGCAUGUGACACCAAAAGAUGAGUAAAUAUCAAAAUUUUGCUUUUGAUUGUGUUCUAACCUUCCAAAUACAGAUUUGAUAAAAUUGCUACAAAAUGAUGCUAAUUCAGGCCAUUUAUAAUAACUUCUUUUUUCUUCUCAAGGUCUUUUCAAAAAUCAAAAUUAUGGUAUACAAAUGAUGGCCAAACAAAGUUGUACAAUAUUAGCAGCAAUUUUUGUUCAUAUCAAUCAGAAAUACAAGCUGUUUAUUGAUUGUCAGUUGUGUUAAUGUAUGAAUAUAUUACAUCACAGCUACUUCAACAAAAACCAUGCAUUUAGUUGAUUUUAUACAGCCUUGGUCAUGUUGUUUUGCUGAAGUUUUAGAAAUAUAUUUACUUAUUUGUAGCAUUUAACAUGUACAUGUACAUAAGAGUGUAGAAUGAGAAUAUGGUAAUCCCUACCUGUUCUUGGAAAGCUUCUAGAUGGAAGGAUCAUGCAUGCAUUUAGCUGACAAACAGGAUUCUUCUUUCUUAGAAGUUCUAAUUUACUGUUUUUAAUAACAUUCAUCUUCAACCAUGUUCAUAUACUGUACUAAGAAAUGUCUGUAUCUUUGAGUUAUUCACCACCAAGAAUAUUACCAUUGCAGUAGGUGUUAAAAGAUAUGUCAUCUACUAAUUUUAGGUAAAAGAAUAUCAGUUUCAUCAUAAUGUACUUUCUGCUUUUCUUGUAGAUAAGCAUGUAUUAUAAAGUCUACCUUUAUAAACAUCAUGACACUAGUGAGAAUGUUUGUACAAAUAUAUGUUUUAUUUUUUAAAAGAAAGAGCUUCAAAAGCAUGGGAAAAUAUUAUGUUUAGCUUCAAAAGCACAAUUAUUUAUUCUAAAUGUAUGAAAAUGCUGCUUCUAAGUUUCAACCAAAUGUAAUGGUUACAACUGUUAUUUGCUUUGUUGUUGUGGAACUCUUGAAUUGUAAGUAUUUCAUAACUUCAGUGAAAAUAGCUUGAAUUAAGCAAAGGAAAUGCACUGAUAACAUAUAGUUUAGUAUAGGUUGGUCUCUUUUUUGCAUCAUUCAUUCUGACACAUACCGGUACAUGUAUUUAAGUUUAGCAGAUAUUUUCAUUGAGACAUUUUGGAGAAAUAAAAAGUUAGCCUGUAUGCUUUCAUAUGUCCCGUGUAUGCAUGAUGUCGUAGUGUGGUAGGAAAUCUGAUCCUCCCACUCCAAAAUAUUUAAAGCCAUACUCUCCUAAAAGCAGUAACCCCAAAUCCCCUCUAGCAUCAUCUCAGGUCAGCUGUAGCGUGAUGGUCCCAUUACUCGCUUCUUCCCUAGCCACUCGCAUCCAGCUAGCCCUGUGUCUGCGAAUUAAGUGGGAAUUAGGUAUUGGGUCGUGCACUGUUGGCAAGUUGACCAUGAGAUGGCGCUGUGCAAUAAACUAUGCUAGGGCAGAAAGUUCAUCAGUUCAGUAUCGUUUUAAUAGUUUGACAAUGUUACCUUCUAUCUGAUAUUUCAAGAUACUGUAUUCCAAUGUAAGUUGCCAAUGCUUGUAUGUACCUUGAAGCAUUUGUGGACAUGAUCUCCCACAAACAGCUUCAUGUGUUGCCCUAUGAUGAGCUUGAUUAUAACAGAUCUAUCUUCUAAACUUGAUAACAAGUUGAUUUUAGUGUAGUAGGAAGAGAUUUGUAAUAGUUUGAAGAAUAUAGGACAGAUAAUAAAAAUGUCCCGGGCCCCCCACUCAGUGUUUUUUUAGGGUAAGCGUAGGCUAUGCAUGUUCCCUCCUUUUGAAAACAUCCCCCUAAGUACGGUGUGUAAAGUCAAUACGGGCCGGAUUUUUGUGUACUACGUACGAGCCGGAGUUUGGUGCGUGAAAAGUACCCCUUUACCGGACAUUUUGGGAACAUGCAUGCGGUCCCUCCGACCCCGGAGUGGAGGGGCCGGGAAAAAUGUAACACAUUUUGGAAAGCCAAGACCUACACUAAAAAAUCCUUUGAUGACUUUUGUGUAAUUUUCAACAAUUUUAGUAUUUUUAGUGCGCAUACUCAGAAAAUUAGCUUCACUUAGCCUGAUUGACAUCUAAAAAUGUAACAUGCAGAUACGGUAUAGGACUGGAAAUGUAAGUAAUGAUUUUGUACAUAUGAAAGUAUUUGAAUUGUAUUUUAUGGGCUAGCUUACAAAACGAUUGAUCUUAUUUUUAAAGAUUAUCACCCUAUACCGGUAUAUAUAAUGACUGGUUGCAUUUUUUUCUUAAAAAAAUUUGUGAGCACAUGAAUGUAAUUCAUGGUACAUCUACUUUCAAUGUUGUUUUCCUUGCCAUUCUAUUAAUGCUACUUAAAUAAAAAAAAUAAAAAAAUCAGAACCAAAAAUGAAAGAGUAUUAUUCACAGACGA